AAGGCCGGGUCGCCUCGCAGGCUGUCGCAAGGUCGAGCAGAGAGGAGCGGAAGCAGCUUCAAGGCCGAAAUUAUUCGCCUGGCCAUGGACCUCGAGGCGAGGAACGGAACCGGUGAGAACGACGACGAGGAAUACACGAAUAUUUACUUCAUCGUUGGCAAUCGCAAGGAGACGGCCACCUACAAAGCGGAUCAGGUCACGAACAUGGAGCUUAAGGAACUCUUUAGAAAUGCGGCAGAGGCUGGUCCUCUGGACAUCGUGAAGCUUUGCAAGGGGGAAAAACUCUUGAACAUUUCAACUAAUUUGCCGGCGAACACAUCCGACACACCCUAUGUUCUCCAGAUCGUCGGGGCGCAUCCGGCCUCCUCGCGGGUAAUCGAGGCGGAAGUGCUGUGGGCUCUCGAGAGACGUGUGGCGGCCUUGGAACGGCAACUUCGGGAGCAGCAAGAAGCUCUGUGCGCGUCGCCAUCCUUCACUCUUCGGGAACUCAAGCGGCAGGUCGAUAGUUUCAAGAACAAGUUGGAACACAACGACCAGCUCAAUUGGCUGAGUUUUUACAAACAGCUUCCGGAGCCCAUCUACGCGGAUUCUUGUCGCAGAUUACAGUAUCGUCGGAGGAGCGACAGUAUGAAGCGGAAGGUGCGGGAAAAGUUCCUCAAUAUCUGCGACAUGUCAGUGGCAUCGACUGUUCGAGAGUGGCUUCGUUCGCCGGCGUUCGACGCGCGACAGUGGGAAGACGAAGAACUCCUACUGAUGCUGCAGAUGAUGCUCGUCGAGCUAGACCUACCUCAAAAAUUUAACAUUCCUUUACCAAUCCUAAGGAACUUCCUCUACGAAGUUUACAACAACUAUAACGAAGUGCCAUUUCAUAACUUCAGGCACUGUUUCUGCGUGGCGCAAAUGAUGUACGCGAUAGCCUGGGCAGUUGAUCUGCCGUCACGAAUCGGUCACCUCGAGGUUUUUAUACUCAUCGUCUCCUGCAUCUGCCACGACCUAGAUCAUCCGGGUUACAACAACAUUUAUCAAAUAAACGCCCGUACCGAGUUGGCUCUACGAUACAACGAUAUCUCGCCUCUGGAGAACCACCAUUGCUCUGUGGCCUUUCGUUUAUUAGAGGCACCUGAAUGCAACAUAUUGGCCUCCUUGGAUAACGCGACAUAUCGAAUAGUACGCGAAGGUAUCAUCAGAUGCAUCCUCGCGACGGAUAUGGCCAGGCAUAACGAGAUACUCGGACAAUUCACCGAUGUCAUCCCGGAAUUCGAUUACUCUAGCAAAGCCCAUAUCAAUUUGUUAUCAAUGAUCCUCAUUAAAGUAGCGGAUAUUAGUAACGAGGCACGGCCAAUGGAAGUCGCAGAGCCGUGGCUGGAUAGGCUGCUGCAAGAGUUCUUUAAGCAAAGCGACGCCGAGAAACUUGAGGGACUUCCAGUAACACCGUUCAUGGAUCGUGACAAAGUAACCAAACCUUCAUCCCAGGUUAGCUUUAUUGGCCUGGUAUUACUCCCUUUGUUUGAAGCCCUCGGGGAAUUGCUACCAGAGUUGCAGAGUCUAAUAGUCCAACCAGUAAGGGAAGCCCUAGAGUACUACCGCAGAUUGAACGAAGCAGCGAAGGACGAACGUCACCAUAGAAAGAGCGUGGCAGAUUUGGGUGAAUCGACGCCUACAGCUUCGACACCCGGUGGCAUGGUUUCAUCGACUGUAAUGAAAUCCACUUCUUCGCACAGCAUGCGCUCGAAACAUUCCACCGGCACGGUUCACUCGAGAUCGCGAUCCACCGAAGAUGACAUCACCGAGAACCUGACGACAGAGGACGCUGAGAAUCUCGAGAGCUCCGAUCCAGAGACAGCCACAGAGGUGGAGGUCAGCGAAAAGGCGUUGAAGUUCAAGAUCUCCACGGAGGGCGGUCUAGCGGGUCCAUCGACAGGUAGGAAAAGCUACCCGGGUAGCCGGAAGGGUAGUCGGGAGAAGUCUUCACUGGAUUAUCAUAAUCACGACCUGGCCAGGGCUGUCAGAGAGCACGAAAGAAGACGCAGUAAAGGAGAGAAUCUUGGUAGUGACCUGAGCUCCCCGGUUAGCGCAAGAUCAGCGGAGGGUACGAGGAUCCUAGAGGAGCUGGAGAAGAACGAGAUGGUUCUGCUGGACGUAAAACUUAGCGAAGGCAGACUCGUUGAAGGAAACGGUAACAUUGUAGUCCAAACUCAACGCAACAACUUAAAAAGGACGAGUAGUUUUGUGGAAAAUGAUCAAAACGUCAGGUCUAGUCGUAAAGAAGUUCAAAGAGAAACCAUGGCACUGCGAUGUUGCUGUGAUGACAAAACGGGAUCUAGUAACCACAAGUCUAUCUUUUCUCGAUUAAGAAACUUCACGGAUCGGCUGAACAUUAGUUUCGAUUCGAGAGAAUCUCCUUCACCGAAACCGACCAAACACGUAAUAAAGACGUUUAACAAGAGUUAUUCGGUAAGCAACGCGUCCGUAGCGGCCACUUCCCUUAAACCUAAUAAUUCACUGUCGGUCUGCAAACGGUGCAACCUCGCGAAAUCUGUGGCCAAAGAAACUAAGGCUAUCGCGACCGUGGUUGAACUGUCAUCGGUGGACAAGAGAGCGAUGACAUUGCCAAAGGUUAGAAAAUCUACAGAUUGUAAAAACAAGAGCUGGAGGACAGUGUUCGCCAAGGAAAAAAGAUCGUCAACCUCAUUGGAAACUUUACCAGGCGCAAUAACUGAAGCGUCUCUUGCGAAACAUCGGCGGAACUUCUCUAAUCCCGAGGGCAAGUCACAGAGCCUGAGAGAAGUGAAGGAGCAGAAGAGCUUAGACAUCGAAUUCGGGGAGAUCAACGUGCGCACGAAGCAACAGAAGCCGGAGAUUAUUGUCAAGACUGAACGUGGGUCCAGGGAGGCAAUGCAAGAGGUCAUGGGUAAGGCGGAGAUAAGAAGGAGCUCGGCGAGCAUGGAGAACAUAUCAAAGAUGACGAAACAAACAGAAAGCGUGAUGCUCGGAUCGUUGGAGCCAAAGAAAGCCGAAGAACGUCCUCAUGCCGGUAGCCUCGACUCGAUGUUGUGCAAGGAUUCGACCAAGUCCAGAAAGAAGCCAGCCUUCUCUUCCCCAGUGGCGACAAAGAAGUCGUCUCCGGGUCUUUUGUCACGAUUCAAGUCCGGUAUGAGCGUAGACAGCACGAAGAGCAACAGCAACAGCGAUUUCUUGCACGACCAGAACUCACAGUCCCCCAGUGGUUGGAUAUCUUCCUUGACGGCGAGCUUUCGGCCGAAAAGACAGGUGUCAGAGGCUCCGUUGUCGUCACAUUCUCCGCGUUCACCGAAUCGGGAAGAGAUCAAGUGA